UUCAAAACCGAGAAAGGUCAAACAUAAAAGGCAUCAUCACCACUUUUGAUUAACAAACUUCUCCCAACUGGUUAACCAUUAACCAAUGUUCAUCAGACUCACACUUUCCUUCUUCUUCUUCUUCCCAUAGCUUCUCUCUCGCUGCUUCAAUGGCGAACAAACCGUUUCUCAUCUUCUCCAUCCUCCUCGCAUUUCUCGCCGUCGCCGGAGGAGAUUCCGGCCAAGGCUCCGAACUCGAUUACUCUAAACUCUCCGGCAUUAUUAUCCCAGGCUUCGCUUCUACUCAGCUUCGAGCAUGGUCUAUUCUUGACUGCCCUUACUCUCCGCUAGAUUUCAAUCCUCUCGAUUUGGUUUGGCUCGACACCACCAAACUUCUUUCUGCUGUGAAUUGUUGGCUUAAGUGCAUGUUGUUGGACCCUUACAAUCAAACAGAUCAUCCUGAUUGUAAAUCCCGUCCUGAUAGCGGUCUUUCCGGAAUUACAGAGCUUGAUCCAGGUUAUAUAACAGGACCUCUUUCGUCUGUAUGGAAAGAAUGGAUUAAGUGGUGUAUUGAAUUUGGCAUAGAAGCUAAUGCAAUAAUUGCUGUUCCUUAUGAUUGGAGACUGUCACCAUCCAUGCUUGAAGAACGAGACCUUUACUUUCAUAAGCUUAAAUUGACAUUUGAGACUGCUUUCAAACUUCGAGGUGGCCCCUCUUUAGUUUUUGGUCAUUCAUUGGGUAAUAACGUUUUUCGUUAUUUCUUGGAGUGGUUGAAGCUAGAAAUUGCACCAAAACAUUAUAUCCAAUGGCUGGAUCAACAUAUUCAUGCUUAUUUUGCUGUUGCUGCUCCACUUCUGGGUGCAACUGAAACCAUUGAAGCAACACUUUCUGGAUUCACAUUUGGUCUUCCAGUAUCUGAGGGAACAGCUCGAUUGAUGUUCAACUCCUUUGCUUCGUCAUUGUGGAUGAUGCCUUUUUCCAAGUACUGUAGAGCAAGUAAUAAAUAUUGGAAGCAUUUUUCUGGAGGAAAGCAAGUAGGUACCAAUACAUAUCACUGUGAUGAGGAGGAGUUUAAGUCAAACUUUUCUGGAUGGCCAACAAAGAUAAUCAACAUUGAAAUUCCUUCAACCCGUGGAUUUGAAGCAUAUCCCUCAUUUUCAGAAAUCCCCGAGGCCAACUUGUCCGGAAUGGAAUGUGGACUACCUACUCAAUUAUCUUUCUCAGCUCGUGAAAUAGCGGAUGGCUCCUUUUUCAAGGCAAUUGAAGAUUAUGACCCAGACAGCAAGAGACUCUUGUACCAAUUAGAGAAAUCAUAUCUUGGUGAUCCUGUACUUAAUCCACUUACACCUUGGGAUCGGCCACCAAUAAAAAACGUGUUCUGCAUUUAUGGCAGUAAUUCAAAGACAAAGGUUGGUUACUACUUUGCCCCUAGCGGCAAGCCGUAUCCUGAUAACUGGAUCAUUACAGAUGUCGUUUAUGAGUACGAAGGAUCUCUAGUCACAAGGUCAGGAAAUCUGGUUGAAGGGAACCCUGGAUCUAUAAGUGGCGAUGAGACGGUUCCAUACAACUCCCUAUCUUGGUGCAAAAAUUGGCUGGGACCAAAGGUGAACAUUACAAGAGCUCCUCAGUCAGAACACGAUGGCUCAGAUGUACAGAUUGAUUUGAAUGUGGAACAUCACUAUGGAGAUGAUAUUGUUCCAAACAUGACAAGGUUUCCUAGGGUUAAGUACAUAACAUAUUAUGAAGAUUCUGAAAGUCUUCCAGGAAAGAGGACAGCAGUUUGGGAGCUUGAUAAAGCAAAUCACAGGAACAUUGUUAGAUCAUCAGUGCUAAUGAGGGAAUUAUGGCUUGAGAUGUGGCGUGAUAUCCAUCCUGAUGCGAAAUCAGAGUUUGUCACAAAAGCUAAGCGUGGACCUCUAAGAGACGAGGACUGCUAUUGGGAUUAUGGGAAAGCUCGCUGUGCAUGGCCAGAGUAUUGUGAAUAUAGGUAUGUUUUUGGUGAUGUUCACUUGGGACAAAGCUGCAGGUUGAGAUAUACUUCAGCUGAUUUGUUGUUGCAUUAUUUGUAAAUAAAAAGAAUCUCAGAUGCUGGUGGGAUCAUUUUGUUCUCCUGGAUGACACACUACACUUGAAUGUCAAAAUUCCUCCUCUGAAUAACAGGUGUUUGGAAUUUGACCAUUUUUCUGCAUCAUAGACUUGUUGCGCCACUGUGUUCUUGCAAAUUCUUUGCUUGCUUCAUUUGGAACUUUGGCCCAACUUCAUAGCUCAUUUAUCCACUUCACAAUUUGUACAGUAUAUCUCAAGGCAGAACUUAGUUAAUGUAGUAUUCUACUGUUUCUAGCAGCAGGCAUGAGGCAUCUCCCAUUGAUAUAUUACUCGUAGCAUCUGAUAUUCGUCAUCAUAUGCUCAACAAAACGAAAUUCAGGUUAUUACCUUCCAUUUGUUGAACCACAAUUUACACGGCUAUUAUGCUAGGUGCAAUUUUUUACUGUUGGUUACUUGAGUAACCAGCUCCCACUUUGCCAUCCCGGCCAAUAACAGGCCAGAUUUUGGUGGAUUUGUAAUCAUUAUUUGUCAAUUGGUUGACAGUGUUCUUGAUUUAGGACAUACAAGAUAUAGUAAUAUGUAUAAUCCAUUGUUAUAAAAAGUUUAUAUUGGAAAUGAGGGUACAUGAGAAUAUAAAAGAUAAUAGUGAAGCUGGGAAAAUCUCUGUUAUCUGUUUUCAUAAGACAUUUUCUUCGCUACAUAUUAUUUACCGUUGUUUACUAUCUUCAUAA